AAAAAUGGAGGGCUGAGUCCCUCUGAGCCAAUGGCAAAAGUUUGAGGGGAGGUGGAGGCGGAAUGUGAGAGGAAACAAGAAGACAGGCCCAAGAUGGAGGCGGUGGCGGCAGUAGCGGCGUGACAGGAGCCUCAUGGCACCUGCCCAGCCUCACCUCAGACCAUCUUGACAAAGUCUUAGGCUCCAUGGAGCCGCCACGGGGCCCCCCUGCCAACGGGGCUGAGCCGUCCCGGGCAGUGGGCACUGUCAAAGUGUACCUGCCCAACAAGCAACGCACAGUGGUGACUGUCCGGGAUGGCAUGAGUGUCUACGACUCGCUAGACAAGGCCCUCAAGGUGCGAGGCCUCAAUCAGGAUUGCUGCGUGGUCUACAGACUCAUCAAAGGGCGAAAGACAGUCACUGCCUGGGACACAGCCAUCGCCCCCCUGGAUGGUGAGGAACUCAUUGUGGAGGUCCUCGAGGAUGUGCCGCUAACCAUGCACAAUUUUGUACGGAAGACAUUCUUCAGCCUGGCGUUCUGUGACUUCUGCCUUAAGUUUCUGUUCCAUGGCUUCCGCUGCCAAACCUGUGGCUACAAGUUCCACCAGCAUUGUUCCUCCAAGGUUCCCACAGUCUGUGUUGACAUGAGUACCAACCGCCGACCGAUCUACCACAGUGUCCAAGAUUUGUCUGGAGGCUCCAGGCAGCAUGAGGCUCCCUCAAACUGCCCCCCAAAUGAGCUGCUAACCCCCCAGGGUCCCAGCCCCUGCACUCAGCACCAUGACCGGGAGCACUUCCCCUUCCCUGCCUCAGCCAACGCCCCCCUGCAGCGCAUCCGCUCCACAUCCACUCCCAACGUCCACAUGGUCAGCACCACAGCUCCCAUGGACUCCAGCCUCAUGCAGCUCACUGGCCAGAGUUUCGGCACCAAUGCUGCUGGUAGUAGAGGUGGUGGUGAUGGAGGCCCGCGGGGGAGCCCCAACCCAUCCAGUGUGUCCUCGGGGAGGAAGUCCCCACAUUCCAAGUCACCUUCAGAGCAGCGGGAGCGGAAGUCCUUGGCUGAUGAAAAGAAGAAAGUGAAGAACCUCGGGUACCGGGACUCAGGCUAUUACUGGGAGGUGCCACCCAGUGAGGUGCAGCUGCUGAAGAGAAUUGGGACGGGCUCCUUUGGAACCGUGUUUCGCGGGAGGUGGCAUGGUGAUGUGGCCGUGAAGGUGCUCAAGGUAGCCCAACCCACUGCUGAGCAGGCCCAGGCCUUCAAGAACGAGAUGCAGGUGCUCAGGAAGACACGGCAUGUCAACAUCUUGCUGUUCAUGGGCUUCAUGACCCGGCCAGGAUUUGCCAUCAUCACACAGUGGUGUGAGGGCUCCAGCCUCUACCACCACCUGCAUGUGGCUGACACACGCUUCGACAUGGUCCAGCUAAUUGACGUUGCCAGGCAGACUGCCCAGGGCAUGGACUACCUCCAUGCCAAGAACAUCAUCCACCGAGACCUCAAGUCUAAUAACAUCUUCCUGCAUGAGGGGCUCACAGUGAAGAUAGGCGACUUUGGCUUGGCCACAGUGAAGACAAGAUGGAGUGGGGCCCAACCCUUGGAGCAGCCCUCAGGCUCCGUGCUUUGGAUGGCGGCUGAGGUGAUCCGUAUGCAGGACCCAAACCCCUACAGUUUCCAGUCGGACGUCUAUGCCUACGGGGUUGUGCUCUAUGAGCUCAUGACAGGCUCACUACCUUACAGUCACAUUGGCAGCCGUGACCAGAUCAUCUUCAUGGUAGGCCGUGGCUAUCUGUCUCCGGACCUCAGCAAAAUCUCCAGUAACUGCCCCAAGGCCAUGCGGCGCCUGCUGUCUGACUGCCUCAAGUUCCAGCGGGAGGAGCGGCCCCUCUUCCCCCAGGCUGGGGCCUGGGGUGUUGGGGUGCCCACGGAGCUCCAGACACUCCUCCUCAUCCCCACCUGCCCCCAGAUCCUGGCCACGAUUGAGCUGCUGCAACGGUCACUCCCCAAGAUUGAGCGGAGUGCCUCUGAACCCUCCUUGCACCGCACCCAGGCUGAUGAGUUGCCUGCCUGCCUCCUCAGCGCAGCCCGCCUUGUGCCUUAGGCCCUGCCCCCAGCCACCGGGGAGCCCACCUCAGUCUGCCACGCCAUGGAGUCCUGCCCACCAGCCAGUGUUCCAUCUCUGUCUUGAUACUGCCUCAGGAUCCCCCAUCUCUCACCCUGGGAGAUGGUGGUGAUCCCCUUGAGCUCUUCAGUUCCUCUGGAAUUGGGGGACCCCCCCCAGAGACUGAGACCCCUGCCUCUUCCAUAAUUUGGUUUACUCUUGGCUUUGGGGAAUACUUCUAAAUUUGGGGUGCACCUCCAUCUCCACUAGCUGGACUUUGUGGCAGGGAUUCCACUUAGAACCUCUCUGGAAUUUGUGCCUAAUGUGCCUUCACUGGAUUUUGGGGUUCCCCAGCACCCCAUAUGGAUUUGGGGGUCUUCUGUGUCUCCCCUGCCAGUCAAGGACUCCCCUCUUUCUUCACCAAGAAGCACAGAAUUCUGCUGG